AUGAUAGAGAAAACUAAAGGAGGUUAUUUCGAGGCCGGCGGGGAGUGGGUUGAGGGGUUAGGGUCGGGGUCGAUAGCGACCAGCGGACAGCCUCCGCGUGUAUUAUUAACACGCGAGGCCACCACCACCACCACAGCCUGGACAAAGAGCGCGCACUGCGACACCUACCGGCCACCACCUGCCACCCGACUAUACGGACCACACUCAGGAUACCACUCCGAUGAUUAUCCUUAUCCUUUACUAAAGGGCGCGUAUCGCGUGCGCUCGUGGGCGCGGUGGGCGCUUGUGGGCGCGUGUGGGCGCGUGUGUCGCGCUCGCGGCGUUCGCUCGGAGCGGGAUCGCGCGCGGAGUGUGCUCUCGGUUAUGCAACGCGCCGCCACCGUCGCCCGGACGGAAAAUCGAACGCGAGGGGCGAGGGACUGCGCGCGCACACACAGCCUACCAGACCUAGGUGGCAACAUUUCUGAAACCACACCAAUCAAUUCCAAUAGAGACAGAGAAAUAACUACAGGUCCAAGGAUUGGCAUAAGACCAACAACAGAGAGUCAAAUGAAAGAACAUGAUCAGGAAGAAGUUUGGAAUUAUGAAAUUCAGCCGUUAGGCCGACAAAGUUUUAGUAGCGAAACAAAUUUCAUACAUAUUGAAAAUAUACCAGAAAAUGCAGAUGUGUAUACUGUAUUUCGUCUUUUGGUUGAUGACAGCGUAAUAGACUUGAUGAUAGAACAGACCAAUAUAUACGCUGAGCAACUAAUCGCUGUUAAUCCUGGUGGUCGUAUGAAUCGCUGGAAACCAGUAAACAAGGAAGAUAUGGAGAAGUUUUUGGGCAUUUACUUAGUGACUGAAUGCUACUGGAAAAAAGAUCCUAUUUUCUAUCAUCCGCUGAUGCAUAACAUACAAAUGUCCUACAAUCGUUUCGUAACAAUAUUACGUUGCUGGCACUUUGUCGACAACACUGCUGAAAGAGAUGCCAACGAUCGCUUGUACAAAGUGAAGCCAGUUAUAGAUAUCGUGAUGAACAACUGUAGAAAACUUCUAUCACCAAAUGACUGCGUUGUUUUCGAUGAGUCUAUGGUUCCUUUUCAAGGGCGACUACUGAUUCGUCAGUAUAAUCCAAAUAAGACCCAUAAGUACGGACUAAAAAUUUACAAGGCUACAACUGACGAUGGCUACGUUUGGAAAUAUAAAGUAUAUACUGGUCAGGAUCCUCAAAUAUCCAAUCUCGAUAAACCUGGAAGCGUUGUGGCCGAACUUUGUGAAGAUCUUUUAGACACGGGGAGAAUGAUAAUUGCUGAUAAUUGGUAUACAAGUCUACCGUUAGCGAAAUAUUUACUUCAACGUAAAACAGAUCUUUGUGGGACUUUGAGGAAAAAUCGAAAAAACUUGCCAUUACUGGUAAAGAAUAAGAAAUUAAACAGGGGAGAGCAUAUCGCUGCACAGAAGAAUAAUGUGACGGUCCUAAAAUGGAAGGACAAAAGAGAUGUCCUAAUGAUAUCCACUUGUCACGCAGAUGAGCAAACAAUGUCUAAUGGCCGAAACCAGCGUCUAAAGCCCAAUAUGAUACUGGAAUACAACGAUCGAAAGAAAGGUAUCGAUCUUUCUGACGAGUUAGCAAGUUACUAUUCACCGAUUCGUAAGACGCUGACAUGGUACAAAAAAGUUGCUGUCGACGUGCUAUUUGGAGUUGGUAUAGUAAAUACGGUUUAUUUGUACAAUAAAUUGAACCAGCAAAAUAAAUGUACUCUUUUGCAAGCACAAAUGGAUAUUGUAAAAAAAUUAUUGGGUAUAAACGUUGUCCAGUCAGCGUCAAUACUUACGCCGCUAAGGAGUUCCACUGAAAAUACCUCUCAAGGAAUUCGAAAUGUUUGUCCAUCCACGUCACAGAUGCAGCAUUUCCUCACGGAGCUAGAUCGAAAAGAUGGAAAAAAGACAAGACGUCGGUGUACCGGGUGCUAUGAUGAACAUCGUCAAAAAGGUGAAACUGCAGCUGCUGCCACCAAUAAGGCCAAACGAGUUUCACAAAUAUGUAAUAUUUGUACAAAACCAUACUGUCUACAGUGUUUCAAAAAAGCUCAUAACAACAUGUAA